UAAUAUGCGACAUCACAAGGCACGGCACAUACGAGAGGUGGGCAAAACACAUCAGAGCACUCAGCAUCCUCGUGGCAGAGCAUGGCAGUACAGGCCGGUGUUUAUGGCUUGAGCAGCCCCAGCUAGCAGCGUGGGAAGCGCAGGCAGUUCCCAGUUGCAUUUGGCUCCCGCUCACAUCAACCGAGUAUUGCCCAGUUGCCAUCACCAUCGGUGUUGACCAGUGUGCGCAGCGGGACGCAACGUCCGAAACAAUAGGAAGAGCCCCCGCCAGGGUUCUCGCUCUGAGGCCCCCCAAGACGCGUCAGUCUUUCACGGCCGGUCACGGGGGGAGGGGCUGCCGAGAUAGAGGAAUAGAUGCCGCGCUUAUAGGCAAUAGAGAAGAUAGCCGAACUUUCAGGACCAGCGACAAAAAUACGUACCCUGGCAUAGUGUGUGCCGCCAUCGCGCGGACUAUGCGCGAAUCUUUACAUAAUGCAUGGUCAUCAGAGGAACAGGAUGUCCCACCUCCUUCCCCCAUCUCGGAUGUGACCCCUCAGGAGGGGGAGGAUACAGCAGACGCAGGGUUAUCAUAACUAAGGGUCGAGCUGUCAGAUGACUUCUCGGAAGACCAAGAUUUCGCCCAGCGCGCUGCGACAUCCAGGAAACGCGGCGAUCCGGAGGCGCGCCGUUGGAUUCCUCCCUCGCCCUCGACUCCGGUUGGCUCCUUCCGCCUCCCUGCCGAGGAUUCAGGCCACCCUCCGCCGCGGGAGCUCUCCCAGAUGGGAGAUGCCGCGGCAGCGACAGGCAGCCGCCGCGUCUCCGUGCCCAACGAGGCUGGAAACCCGUCUCUUUCCCCAGAGGACGGGGUUCCCCCAUCUGUCUUCCCUGCCUCGCCCCUUUCGGCCCCGCCCCCUGCCCCGGCCUCGCAGCUGAUCAGGUGGCCAGGAUAGCAGCCAACAGAGCUGCGGCCAAAGCGCGUCGACGCAUACGGGUGGCCCCAUGGGCUGAUCAGCUUUCUUUCAAGUUCUGACUCUGUGAAUUGACUUGGGCCCUCCCUUUCUGUGCAGGUCCCAGGGCCUCUUGGGGGCAUUUUGCGGUCUAGGGGGCCAUCCUGGCUCUGGAGGGCUCCUGGGGCAAGUUCGCUUCUCCCCCGCCAGGCACGAAAUCAUCGGAACCACCAUCGGUGUCUCAAUGUGCUAUACCUUCAGGAACAGUCAUGUGACAAGCCCUCGAAGCUCCUGCUGGUUGGGGCUCCGGGCCCUCGAAAGAGUGCUCGAUGAGAUUGGAGGACGUUUCACUCAAAGCCUGCGGCCCUGUGGCGGAUGUCAAUAUUGGCCAGGUUUCCCGAGUGAGUGCAAUUCUGGUGACAACUGAUCUGCGUAUGUGUUGAUACUUGUUUCAUACGACUAUCGCACGCAAUGUGAUCUGUUGUGCGGGUUGCGUCUCCGGGUCUUGUUGUUGCAAGGCAUCGGCGAUUUUGGCAGUCUUCGGACGCAUGGCAGUGUCCGCCAAAAUUUAUGCACAUCCUUCACACGUUGGUCCCAAGAUGGAGUUCGGAGCUCCAAGUGAGGCCCCAGUGGCACCGCUCGCAUGGCGGCACCACGUCAAUUUCGACACGCUCCUCACACGUUUCGUGGCCCACAGGGAGGUCAGUUCACCUCUCAGGUCGCCUCUGCGCGUCUAGGCCCCCGCCCCCAUCCGCAGUGCCCCAAGCUACAUCCUUCUCGCGGCGCGCUACGUAUAAGUAGAUGAUCAUACCAUGCGUUGCUCGCAGCUGCGCAGGGGGUAGGGUCCUUCGUCAGGCUAGUGUAUAUGGGGGCUCGCUUGCUCUGUCUCUAUCUCUCUCUCUCUCUCUCUGUCUCUCCCUCUCGCUCUCUCUCUUCCUCCGCCGUUUUCUUUACUCCCCCUCCCCAUUCCCCCCUCAUCCCGCACACCCCUACCCUUCCUUUCGGCGGCGAGCCUGGGGGGGAAGUCAGAAGGAGGAGGUAUUCCACCAAAAGGCUCGGGGCGCCCCGGGCCUUCUGAGAAGUUCCCGAGGCCUUCCCCGAAGACGCGACCAGCCUCUCAGAAGGCCGGAGGGCUGCUGUGAAGCCCCGCCGCCUUCCGAGAAGGCCUCCUCCUCCCGGAGACGCGAUCGUUCACGGAGCAGCGGCGACACGAUCAGCAGAUCGGCGGCGCCGCCCGCCUCUCUCGUUCGGGGGCGGCUUGAGGGAGCCCCUGGCCCAAGGUGCCCCCAGCUCUCCGCUGCAUCCUGGAGCCCCUGGGGCCCCCCUGGGCCUCGUGAUGGGGUCCUCUGCGGGGAGUGGGGGCCUCCUUGGAAAUCCUGGGCUCGCCGCCUGUGCCUCCCGUGGCCCCGCCCGCCCGUUCGGCUCCGCCCUAACCCUUCCUGCCCCCUCGCCCCUCGCCCUCCCCCCCACCGUGGCGCCUCGUCGGUCGACCUCGCUGGCGCCUCCUGCCGAGCGAGCCGCCGCUGUGCCCCCCCGGGGCCCAGGCUCCUGGGAGGUGCGGCGCGACCAGAUGAUCCUGCCCGCGGCGCGCAUCCAGACGCCGAAGGGCGUCACGGGCUCUGGCUUCGUCCUCUGCCAGGGCGCCAACGGCACAUUCGUCCUCACUAACCAUCACGUCAUCAGGGAUGCCAUCCAGCAGUCUGACCGCUGGGACCCCGUGGCCAAGUCGUCGAGUAAGGUCGAGAGGACGCAGCCCAUCAGCGUGCAGGUGUUCCGUUACGACGACCGCGGCAGGCACGUCCAGACCGUGACCACCUCCGCGCAGAUCGUGGGCUACACGCAGUACGGCGACGAGUGGGAUUUCGAAGGGGACCUGGCGCUGCUGAAGCUGCAGGUUAAUCUGGACGACCUCCCGCACUCGACGCUGAUAGGCGAGCAGGAGUUCAUGGACGAGGUGCGGACGCUGGACGAGAUCGUGAUGGUCGGCUGCCCGGACGGCUCAGAGCUGCCGCUGCCCACCACAGGGCACAUCGCCUCCCUCACGGAGGAGCGUGCGGGCGUGAGCCUGCUGCUCUCGCAGGCCUGCAGCGUGGAACGGGGGCUCCUUCAUGCUCCAUAUUGGGGCCUGUUUCUGGCAUGCGCCUACCGGCCCGCAGGUCAUCGCCAUCCACUCGAUGGUCGACAGCCGUGGCAGCAUCACCGGGGCCACCCGUGGCAGUUUUCUGCGGCUGGCCAUACCAGCGCCUGCCAUCCAUGGCUUCCUGCGCAAUGCUGGUUUCGAGGGCCUCGUGCAGGGCGAGGCCCCGUCCGCCGGCGACGGCGGCGACACCUCGGCCGCCACGGACGGCGGUGAUGCGCCCACGUCCGACGACGGCAAUUCCACGUCAUCCGCUGACGACGGCAACUCCAGCUCCUCCGAGGUUGGCGGCAACGCCACGUCCACCGUGGACGACAGCGACGCCACACCUGGGACAUGAGCAUAUGAACGGACGCCCGUGCGCAUUAGUGCGAAAGGGCGCCGCAGAUGUUCUACCCGGCCGCAGUUCUAGCGCUGCGCCUCGCUCAA